AUGACAGCCAACUCUAGCAAUAGAGCCUCUUACUUCAGCAAAGAUACAAGUAACCCUACAAAAGGCUCUCUUCGAGAAACCAUGAGAAAAGCCUCAACUAAGUUUUCCAUUGCCGAGGAGACCGCCGAUCACGCACCUCACAGUCCCAUGCGCCAAUUGAGUCAUAGCCUUCGGAACUGUUUCACGGAAAGGUCCGAGAGUGAGAUGUCACUAUCCCUAAGGUUUGCCAUGAGCGAAAAGGAUCAGCCUAUUCGUCGUCCAAUUCGCCAGCUCAGUAAAAGUCUGAGAAGCGAAUUGUCGGGAUCAACAGAGUUUAACCAGAGCCUUUCGUCUUCAUUUAAGUUGGACAAGAAGCAGGUUCUAUAG